AAAAUAGAAAUUUGCAGUGCAAUAAUAACCUUUCUUGAUUGUAACACAACCCAAUAAUCCCUCUCUCUCUCUCUUUUUUUUUCUCUUUCUUUCUUAUGACAUUCAUACGUGCUCUCAAGUCAACAAAGAACUGGUUUAUACUAAUAACAGCGAUCAUUGUUUGUUUCUUUUUCAUCUCAUCAUGGCAUACAAAACAUACAUUAGAAAGACAGAAUCUUCAUCAGUACCAAGAACAAGUGAUUGAAGAACACCAAUUACCCAGUUACAACUCUAAUCGACUUACACCUACACGACGACAACUUCUGAUAUCUGCCUUAGCACAUAUUCGUCUAGGCUAUGUAGCCAAUCGCACACCACCCUAUUCAACACCACCACUUCUUGUGUUGUAUACUUGUAAACAGUCUACUUUAUGCGGACCACUGGAAGAAAGACUGAUGAGUAUUACCAAUGGCUAUUAUUUCUCCAUGUUACAACAAGGAUCUGCAUUUGCUUAUGACAUGACUGCUCCUGUUCGAUUCGAAUGGUUCUUUGAGUCAAUGCCAAGCUAUAUGGUCAUGACAACGGAUCAAGCUGAUUACUAUACACAAAAAACAGAACUCCAUCAAUUGAAGCACGAAGGCAGUAUGACUUCAGACGAAUUAAAGCAACGCAAUUUCUUACAAGAUUAUGAACGCGAUGGUACAACUAUUGUCAGUACAACUGAAUGGCAAGGCCACUGGAUGGAUUUCAAACUAAAUCCUUCCAUGAAAGCAUUGCGAGACAAGUAUCGCUUGAACCAUUUACCCUUAGCAUCCGACUGGUUUUGGAUAGUAAGUCAGCUCUUGUUCUCAAAGCCUUCUAGUUAUCUUCGCGAACAACUUUUGCCUUAUCAAGAACUCAUGGGCGGUAAAAUCGAAUUAAGUGAGACUUUAUCCCCAUUUGAUCCAGAUCAUCAUCGCAUGACGCCCGCCUUUGCAGCCAAGCAUUGGCUUCGUAUUGGGCUUCGUAUUAAACAUGAUGAAAAUAGCGAUAUUCCUUGCUUGGCGAACCAUGUCGCCAACCUAUGUCAUCGUCGAUCCCAGUAUGCAGCAUGUCAUGUGUUUAUUUCAGCACCUACUCGACCUUUGUUUGACAAGUUGCGUAUAGAAAUGAAAAAGUAUAAUGUGAACAUUCAUGCAGUGGCUGAAGGUUUCGAAUUCCGUGAACUCAAUAUGGAGUCAAGCAGCAAGCCUAAUUUGUUUGAGCCCAAUCAGCUCAAGAAGAGCUAUGCACGUACUUUUAUGGAUUGGGUGAUUUUGAGUCGUAUGGAUUAUUUAGUGGGACAAGAACAAGAUGGGUUUCUCAAGACAGCAGCAUGGGCAGCACAAGUACAUACAGACAUCAGUAAACAUAAAACAGACAGCAGCCAUUGUCAAAUCAUACCAAUGCCAGACUGGUAACCAUAACAAUCAUAAUAAUAAAGAAAAUCGUGUCGCUUGUAAUGAUACAAAAAACAAUGUAAGAAUAUCCAUAGGCAAAGAAAAAGAAGAAUAAAAUCAAUCGAGAAACUGGUUGUGGUAAUGACUGAACUUCAAAAAUAUCUUUGGUUAUCUUAAGCGCUAUAUGGCUUUUUUUAAAACAUACAAAAAUACGUUUUCUACUUCUUCAUUCCAAAUGAAACAAUGAAAGCACCUAUUACUGAG